AUGAAUAUCAGAAUCCUUUUUAUUUUAGCCAAAAAGCCGAGGCUCCAGACUGAAGAGACGUCUGCGUCCUGCUCCACACACACAGAGCUUGCGGUCAGGGAUUGCUCAUGGAGUCCAGAGUUUAUUCAGGAUCUUCUUCCAUCUGCGGAGCGAACAGCUCUUCUCUAUCACCUGUCGUAUCUGUGUUUGGGUGGAUUUCCUAAACUGGAGCGUCUGAUCAGAGAAAGAGCUCUGGAGACUCAGAUGUUGUUUGGAUCUUCUGAGGCCGUUCUGCUGAAGUGUGUGGGCACCAGCAGUAACCUGGUCACAUCUCUGUUCCCGAUGCUGAUGAAAGCUGUAGAGAAGAAUAAACCUGUUCUGGCUGUGAAAUACCUGGAGAAAGCUAAAAGCUGGAUUGAUGACAUUAUUAGAGCCGUGGAGGACAUGGUGAAGAGGUACGAUGAGCAAAACCGCAGUGUGGCGUCGUGCACCAGCGAUGUGUUUCAGGAGAAGAAGGAGACUGAAGAAAAGCUGCAGAAACACUCAGAGGAGAUGAAGAGUCUGGAGGAGGCCGUCAAGAAUCUUCAAGACGAGCUGAAAGAAGUCUCCAGACAUAUGGAGAGCACCCAGAACAGGAUUGACAGCGUAAACGCAGAGCUGCAGGAGCACAUUGAGAAGUGCAGCAGGAGGCGUCACGGGAUCCUGAGGGCCCUGGUGCCCUUUUAUGCAGUGAUUCAGGACUCUAAAAUGGCCCCUGCUGAAGAAGCUAAAACUCAUUCUCUGAAAAGCCAAAUCUCCGGACUGAACUCUGAUAAAAGCAGCCUGCAGAGAAAAGAGUGGGAUGUUAACGUCCGGCUCACCGACCUGCAGCUCAAACUGGCCAGCUCCAAAAUACAGCUGGGUGUCAUUCCCAGUCCUGUGCACCUGAACGAUGUCCAGCAGUGUCUCUCUCGAAUCAUGGGGAUUCUGAUUCAGCUGAAAAAGUUCUGGGAGAAAGUGGGCACGACGCUGGACUCGCUGAAGAAGAAGACCUUCGUUAAUGAAGAUCUGAUUGAUGACCUGGAGGACAUGAAGGAGGAGCUUCUGGAGUCUGUUGAAGCUGCUGGACAGUAUUGGCAGAGAUUCGGCUCCUGCUGUCUGAGAGCUCAGGGAAUCUUCAGCAUUCAGUCUAGAGAUGCUUAUAAAUUCCUGCAGAUCGAUCCGUCUUCACUUUCACCAGCGGAAUGGCAGAAACAGCGCAACUCAAUCAUGGAGAAGCUGAGUAACAUCAACACUGUGGAUUCACCCACCGGCGCCAUUACUGAGUGAAAUAAACAGUGUUGGGCGAAACACAUUACAAAUAACACCAGCUACAUUAUUAUAUGACUUUUCUUAGUAGUGAGUAAAGUAAUGCACUACUUAAAAAAAAAUAAGUCAUUAUAUUUGAGCUUUAACUUUGAAAGCAAGUCAAAUAACUCAAAUAAUUCAGUGGAGUGAUAUGGAGCUGUAAUGCGCUCAAAACCUGCUGGAACUAAUUUAUCUGUGCGUUUAUCUGACAAUAACCAAACAUUUUAGAGUGAUCAUUAGCCAAUCAGAAUCAAGUACUCAGCACACCUGUGGUAUAAAUCACUGUAUACUGCCACUGUCCUCUCAAAUUAAUGUGUAUACAUUUUUUAUCAUUACCAUUUGUGUGCUGUUGGGUCAUUUUCAUCCACUCUGGGCUGAUUUUUGAGUCUUAAUUUAGCCACAACUUUCUUUCUGAUUUAGCAAAUGUGAUGAUUUUUUCUGACAAAUCUUAUUUUGACGAAAAAUUUUAUUUAAAAAAUAUUGAAAAACUCAACAAUAAACUCUGGGUAGACUGACUCCCCUUUGGUGAUGUUGCUGCUGUUUUUGCUGCAUUGACCUCCAUUAUAAUCGCAUUUUUUGAUUGCAAAGCCAUGAUAGCAGAUAAUAAUGCAUUCUUGAUUGGUGUUGAUGGUUUUCCCUGUUAAAAGAUGUCAAGUUUAUUUAUAAGCAAAUGUCGAGAGGAUCACGUGCUUAUGAUUUUUUGCGGCUGGUCCCAUAUUAUUCAAUUUAUGAUUCACCAAUCAGACGAUUCCUAAGCCACUAUAAAUAACCUCAGUUCAUAUCACAGCCAUCUUAGUUUUGAAGAAUGCCCCCUCCACCCCCCCUCCUCUUUUCCUAGAUGGGUGGCACGGUGGCCCAGUGGUUAGCACUGUUGCCUCACAGCAAGAACGUCACUGGUUCUACUCCUUACCAUGCCAGCCGAUGUUUCUGUGCAGACUUUGCACGUUCUCCCCGUAUUCACCUGGGUUUCCCCCAGGUUCCCCAGUUUCCUCCCACUGUUGCAACUUACUGUAAGUCAAUUGACUAAUGCAAAUCAGCACCAUAGACAUGCUCCUAGUAAGUAGUUAUCUCCUAAGAGCAAUCGCUAUCUGUUCAUUAGCUACUACAGCAGGUAGUACCUCCAGAUCUACCUCAGCUCAAACUCCCCUCGCCCUGCAACGGGAGGGAGCCCCGGGCUCGAGGAUCUGAUGAGCUCAGGGCUCUCUCCCGGGACAGCACGCCAAACACGCUUUAUAAUCAAUCAUCAGCUCAGUGUGAACUCUUGCAGUAAUUUUACCACCAAUAAUAAAGAAUGUCCUGUUUUUUUAUUAUUAUUAUUUUGUCUAAUUUGUUUUUUUACUGUAUUUAUAGAAGUUUUUAUGAAAACAUAACAUCCAAUAGUGUACAUCAUGUAUAUAUGUUAACAAAAUUAUCUCGGUGUUAUUACCUGAUACCAACUAGAACAUCUAGCAAACAAUACAGCAAUUAUACAGCCCCAAAACAAAAUCUCAGGCAGACUAAUGGAGUAAGAAACUAAAUAGAAUGACAUGUAAACCGGAAGGAGAAAAAAUAUUACAAAAAACAGCAUUACAGAGACAUUAUUAACCUAUACAUCUAAGGAAGGGGCCCCAUAUUUUGUCAUACAUCUUCUGUUUGCCAAAUCUAGAGAAGUGUAACCUUUCCAGCUUAAGGGCAGAAACCAUUUCAGCUAACCAUUUAAAACAAAACUCGGAGGUGUCAUGGAUUUGUUCGUGGAUAAGUUUGGCUUUGGUAUAGUGUAAUCUGUGCAUCACUUUAAAUUGUAUGAGCUGUUGAGGGAUGUAAACAAUAACAAUGGUCCUAACGUAAUCCCUGCCUUACAUUUUUAAUUUCUAUAGCUUUCAAGAAUCCAAAAAACUCCAAGUAUUAAUAAAUAAUCCUA